UCGUUUUAUCUUCCUUGAAAUAUAGUUUUCCAAAAAUUUGUGAGUAAGUACCUGAAAAUAGUAACGUUAUGGGUAUAUAUAUAUUUACAAAACCCAAGUUUUCCAGUCUAUUCUUUGUGGCGCACACAGACACAGAAUUGGACAUACAUGCACACACUUUAACACUAUGACUCUCGAGUUAAAACCAAGUGAAAUCUUCUUCUCCCAGGCCACGAUUAAGGAUCAUUUCAGGCGUGGUACCUACAGUAUAUAUGAAACCAGAGAUGCCUGUUUGAAUGAUCCUAGCGUGAUUGAUAGAAUUCCAAAAAUUACUGUGUGUCAUAAAGACGGAAAAUGGUUUACGUUGGACAACCGACGGCUCUGGGUGUUCCGAUAUCUAGAGUCCAGAGGAAGCCUGACCAAAAUCUCCGUGUAUGAGACAAAUUCUAUCCCAGAAUGCAAGUACAAUACCAAGAAUGGCGGAACGUCCGUGGAAAUACUGGAAUGGUAGAUCAUCACGCAUUCCGACUAGUAGAGAAGAUGGACACCUGAACAAGAACUUCAUUUACUGCUUCUUUGAUCGUUACAGCCCAGCAACAGACAUUAUUUCUAUAAUUGUGUAGAAAUGUUUCUGUUACAGGCCAGCAACAGACAGUAUUUCUGUAAUUGUGUAGAAAUGUUUCUGUUACAGGCCAGCAACAGACAGUAUUUCUGUAAUUGUUGUGAUUGUUUGUUUACAGAUUCAAGAUAUAUUUUGUAGACAUACAUUAAUUCAUGAUUCAUUGUUGUUGCAUUAUUUUCUUGUACUCCUAAUCUAUGUUACCGUUUUUAUUUCAUGUUAUAGUUUUCAUAUACUGAAGUUCUCGUUGUUUUUUAUUACAUAAACUGUUUGUCCCAUAUACUGCAACUGAGUCCACAAAAAGAGUAUGCAGGCAAGAAAAGGACCCCUAGUGCUAUCAUUUUCCACCCUCAGUUUGGGGAUGUAGGGGUACCACCUGGGGCCUCCCAAGGGCGGGGCCCCUUUUCAGACUUUUCUAAUAAUUGACUUUAAGGUGAUGUAAUAAAACAAAACUGAUAAAGAAUUAGAAAACAAACAAAAAAUCGAACAUAUAGAACCCUAAAAUGGGGUCACAUAGGCCUUUAAGGGCAAUCAAGCUCAUCUGAAAAUUCAUGAUUUUACAUCAUGUAGGGUCAAAAUGGGGGUUAAUAACAACGUAAUCUUUGAAGAGUCCGCUAAAAGAGCGCGAGGGUCAUUCAAAAAUACGUAGACAAUGUCUCUCGAGAAUAUAUAUAUAUAUUUGAAAAAUAAAAUUCAACACUUUACCGGACUUGAAAUCAUUUAUUUGAUCGGCUUAGGAUGUUUCAUUCUAUUUGAUCGUAUAGUUUCCGUGAUAUAUAAUUUUAAAAACAGUAUGUUCUAUCGCUACGUCAUAAACACGUCACAGCGUCGCGUUUCAGUUUCUCAAGAUAUUCUUCUCUACCACCUGAUACGAACAGAGUUACAGCUCUCAAUCGACAAAAAAGUAACCCUGUUCGUAUCAGGUGCCUCUACAUUCACAGGUAUCUGAAUUUUAAUCAAUAAAUGGAUAUAAAUAGAAAAAAGGAGAGAGAAAAAAAACCCAACUAUAUCUAUAUAUUAUAUAUAAAUACUAUUUAUAGAUAUAGUUUGUUUUCUUUUUUCUAUUACAUUUGUAUAUCUAUUUACUGAUUAAAAUUCAGAUACCUGUGCUACAUUUCACACAGAGCAUGUGACGUCUUCCAGUUUUAUCGUCUAGGUAACUACUGGACUGCAACUCUUCUCAUUUCCAAAUGUUUAGUAACUGAGUAAGAAUAUUGAAGACGGUGCCGGAGCUAGCAUAAAAGAUAUCUGAUAAUUCCGCGAUGUCCAGUGACACCGCCAUCAUUUUCCAUAGCAUUACUUAUUCUUUUGACAAGGUAUUCACAAACGUUUCGUUUCCUACUGGGACGUUCGUCAUCCAAUAUAGAGUAUCUAACCACAAGAAAAUCGGCUAUGCCAUUCAUACACUAUAAGAAGCACGACUCAGUUUUGACAUAUUAUCCGCUUCUUUCAGCAUUUUAACAGUUUCUAUUGGGAGAUUUCCGGAGAGCGACAGGAAAUUUUAGCCACUCCUGCCCCGUGAAUAUCCGCGAUGUCUUGUUUUUCACCUUUACCUGCCUUCUGUAAUCGAUUUCCAUCAAGGUUGUACUGUACAUCGUCAUAAUGGCUGACUUCCUUUAAAAAUAUGGAUGAAAAAAUCAAUAUCAGCAAUAUUUGACUUUUCCUUUUCCAUUUAGUUAACUAGCCGAGUAGCUCAGUAAGUUAGAAUACCGAUUGCUGAACUGUAGGUCGCAGGUUAGGUAUUUAUUUUGGCAAAAAUGGAGUAGAGUGUGAAAAUUUAAAUUGGAGAGACAAAGUUAGAAACAUUAAGCAAACUCUUAAUUUAUGGAGACAGAGAUCCUUAACAGUUCAAGGUAGAGCCACUUUAAUUAAUACCUUGUUCAUGUCUAAAUUAUGGUACUCAUUGUCAGUUAUAUCGAUUCCACAAUGGGCUAGAGACAGUAUUCAAAAGGAGUGUACCAAUUUUUUAUGGAAUUUUGGCUCACACUUGGUAUCUUAUAAAACAAUAAUUGGUGAAAAACACGAUGGUGGUUUGAAAAUAGCUGAUAUCUAUCUAAAAAUGUUAUCAUUUAGACUAAAGUUUCUUGCAAAGCACUUUUGUUGUAAUAAAGAUUUUCUGUGGAAACAUAUUUUUAGAUAUUUCCUAUCAAAGAUUCAAAAUUUAGGAGCAGGAAUGGAGAUAUUUUUACUACAGUUUAAGAAAACAGAUUUAGAGGGUCUACCACAGUUUUACAAUGAAUUAUUAUGUGCAUGGUAUGCCAUAAAAGAUUAUAUCAUUGUUACAGAAAAAGAAAAUGAUGUUUUUAAUUAUUGUCUGUUUUUUAAUCCGAAAGUACAAAGAAGAAACAAAAUGUUGAAUUGGAAAGAUUUUAUUAGUGCUAGUAUUACACAUGUCAAGGAUAUUUCAUAUGAAGUAAUUCCGGGAUUUUUACCAAUAUCAUGUAUUGUGGAGAUUUUUCAAGAACAAAAUUCAGAGGUAAAUGUCUCACUGAUUACAAAAAAUUAUAAGGAUUUGUUAUUAUCUAUUCCAGAAGAAUGGAAAAAUUAUGUUCAUGAAAAUGAGUACAAAAGAACAUGCUUUCAGCCAAAUUUUGAUAUUUCAUAUAGAGAUCAAAGGAUAGUGUUCCAAUCCGGUACAGUACAAAUAUUUUAUAAUUUGUUAGUUCAAAAAAUGUUUCAAGAACCGGUGUCAAAUAUUUAUUGGCGAGAUAAACUUGAUAUGAAUGAUAAAUCAUCCAUUGAAAAGCGAUGGGAAACGGUAUGGGUGUUAUACAAAACACCAGAUAUUACUGAACUGGAUUUCAAAAUUUUUCACAAUAUUAUAUUUACAUAUGAGAAACUUUUUAAGAUAGGGAAGUCUGAUUCUAAAAUAUGUCCAAUUUGUAUGCUAGAAUGCGAGGAUAUAAUGCAUUUAUUUAUUAGAUGUAAAGAGUUGGCUGAAUUUAAGAACAAUUUUGUUAUUUAUCAUCUUGAAUCGUUAUUGAAAGAUUGUGAAAGUGAUGUUUUUAACAGAUUAAACUUUGAAGAAAUAUUCAUGACAGCAUUACAUAAGGGUAUCAAAAACGUGAAUGUAUUUUUUGUAAAUUAUUUUAUAUCAGUAUGCAGAUUUUGUAUUUAUAGAAGAAGACAGAUUUUUUUGCAAAGUGAAAAAAAAAUAGAUAUUGAAAGGCUUUGUAGAUAUACAUUGAGACAUUACAUUUCAUAUAACCAUUAUCAAUUGACUGUUUUAGAAAAGAAAAUGAACCUGUUUAAAAAGUUUUUCUUACAUAGAAAUCCUCUAUUGAAAGAAACAGAGGGAAUAUUAUUGUUCAUAUUUUAGAUACAAAGUGUUUUAAAUGUGAUUGUAACUGAUGAUUAGUCUGUGAUAUCUGUUUAAAUGUUAAUCAAUAAAAGAGAAAAAAAAAAAAAAAAGAAUACCGA